GCGCCGCGGCCGCCUGCCUGCCGGGCAGCCCCCUCUGGCCCGGACCUGCCGGCGGAGCGCUGCGGCGGGAGCCCCCAUGUCCCGCGCCGGGCGCGGGGCAGGGGCGGCGGUGUGAGGGGCAGCGCGCCGGGCAGCGGCAGGAGCGGGGCGAGCCGCUGGCGGGACUAACUCAUGAAGAACAAGGGAGCGAAGCCGAAGCCGAAGAGGAAGGGAGCCGCGGGCGCCUUCGGCUGUGACCUGACGGAGCACCUGGAGAGCUCGGGGCAGGAUGUCCCGUACGUGCUGAGGAGCUGUGCCGAGUUCAUUGAGACCCACGGCAUUGUGGAUGGAAUCUACCGGCUCUCUGGAGUGACAUCCAACAUACAGAAGCUGAGGCAGGAGUUUGGCUCUGAUCAAUGUCCAGACCUGACAAGGGAAGUUUACCUUCAGGACAUUCACUGUGUGGGGUCACUCUGCAAGUUGUACUUCAGGGAGCUGCCAAACCCCCUCCUCACUUAUGAGCUCUACAAGAAAUUUACGGAGGCAAUAUCUCGCUGCCCGGAGGAGGAGCAAUUGGCCCGUAUUCAAAAUGUCAUCCAGGAACUUCCACCAUCACAUUACAGGACUUUGGAAUACCUGAUCAAGCAUCUGACUCACCUGGCCUCCUUCAGCAACAUGACCAACAUGCACACCAGGAACCUGGCCCUCGUGUGGGCACCUAAUCUCCUCAGGUCGAAGGAGAUCGAGGCUGUUGGCUGCAAUGGGGAUGCAGCUUUCCUGGAGGUGCGAGUCCAGCAGUUGGUGAUUGAGUUUAUCUUGAAUCACGUGGAUCAGAUCUUCAGCAACAAUAUAAAAACCAGUUCCAUGGAGAAUGAUGAGAAUAUGCCCAUUGUGAAGAGUCUGACACUGCCCUCUGCCUCCCUGCCUAUGAAACUGGUGAGCCUGGAAGAAGCUCAGGCACGGAGUCUGUCAGCCUCCCACCCUGCCCGGAAAGAGAGGAGAGAGAACAGCUUGCCUGAAAUUGUCCCAGUCACUGGAUCCUUCUUCCACACUGUCGUCGACCUACCUGACAGCAAGAGAAAAUUGUCCACCAAAUCCAAGAAAUGGAAGUCAAUAUUUAACCUGGGCCGGUCUGGAGCAGAUUCAAAAUCAAAACUGAGUCGAAAUGGGAGUGUGUUUGUGAGAGGGCAGAAACUCUCUGAAAAAGCAACUAUUCGACCAGCUAAAAGCAUGGACUCUCUGUGCUCCCUGCCUGUAGAAGGGGAGGAUGAGAAAGGCCGGUUCAAACGCACAGUCACUGCUGGAGGGUUUUUCAUCCCGGUGAUGAAAACGCGGACAGGAGGCGCAAGCAGCUCGGGUGACCUCAGCAAGGAGAGUGAGUGGGACCGUGAGGGGGCCCCAGCGGGGGCCGAGGGAGGCUCAGAGCUCAGCGGGGAUAAAGCUGGCCCCAGGGCCCCCCAGGCAAGGCCGCCCCCCGAGCAGUUGAAGGUGUUCCGGGCCAUGGAGGACACUGAAAGCGAGCAGACCUCCCCAAAGACAUGCCGCAUGUUCUACACCUCCGAGACAGCCUCCAAAUCAGGCUUCCCCAGCAGCCUCUUCCCUCUGGAAGCUUCCCCCCGGCACCAGCGGAAAGUCCUGAAUAUCUCAGAGCCCUUUGCCGUUUCCGUGCCCCUUCGGGUGUCCGCAGUCAUCAGCACCAACAGCACCCCAUGCCGCGUGCCUGCCAAGGACAAGCCUGCCCUCUCCAGCCUGGAGGAAUCAUCCGCUCUGGGGCCGGGCAGUGCUGCUCUCACAGCGCCGGAAGGGGAUGGCCAGCCCAGGACUGAGCAGACCACAGACAAGGAGGAGAACCAGCCCAGGGCUGAGGCUGCACCAGGUGAAGCUAGUAGAGGUUCUACCACCGAGGAACUGAUGGCAGCCAAGAAGCCUGAGUCCUCGGAAACCUCAAAGCCAACAACAGAAAACCAGGAGCUGUUAGGCAGUGGCAGCAGCACUAGUGGCAGGCAAGCCCCAGAGAAGAGCCCUGGCUUGAAACAGACACCAGCACCAGAGGGCCCGGCAGGCCUGCACUCGGCAGGUGAGAUCGAGCAAGGCCAGCUCAGGCCGCAGGAAAACCCCUCAGAGAGAGGCAGCCGGCAGCAGGAGACACCAAGGGUUAAAGCAGAGGAGGCCUUGUUCCCGAGAGAGCUGGCUGAAGAUGCUGCUGCCAAUGCCCUGAUGGAACCGCUGUGGCCGGAGAUUCAACAGGAACUCAAAAUUAUUGAAUCUGAAGAGGAGCUCUCAUUCUUGCCUACAGAUGUCCCCAAGACAGGCCCACACCAGCCUGCGUCCUCUGCUUCACCACAAACGGACAGCUUCUCUUCUGGUUCUGUGCUUGCCGUGACACUGGCUGAACAGGAAACUCCAUCCAGAACCCCACAGGUCACCUCUCAGUUGCCUUUAUUUGGUGCCACCUCCAAAGAAAGUUCAAAGGAGCCUGGCAGCCUCCAGGGUGAUAAACCUGAAGUGGUAGCACAGCGUGACUGCUCUCCUAACAUACCUGAACUGGAUACUGUCCUGUCUGGGACAGCUUCUCCAAAGAACCAUCUAGUGCUGGAGAAUGUCAGCAGUGAUCUUCCACCUCCCCACCAAGACCAGAAGCUUUAUGAUGAGAAGCAGCUCAUUGAGGGUCCUUUAAAAGAAGAUGUCUCAGAUAACAAAGGGAUGUGUCCAGACCAAGCCAAGGAGAAAGGCAACACUGGCCUGCUGCAUAGCGAAAAGGAUGGCAUUGCUGUAGGCCAGGAUGGAGUCUUGACCCAGAGGGAGAAGCCUGAUAGAGUGGCUGCAGGAGAUGGCCUGAUCUCAUCAAAGAGGGCAAGUGGAGCUGGAGCCCAGAAGCCCAAAGAGGGUGGCAUGGCUAACAAAGCCCAGGACUCUUUCGACCAUGAAGAGGAGGAUGCAUGGACAGACAAUGUCCAGGGCUUUGAUCUGGUAGAGCCAUGGGAGGAUCACCAGUGGGUCACCAGCCCGCUCCAUUCCCCCACCCUCAAGAACCUCCAGGAAAAAGCAAUGCAGGACUUCCAGUCACAGAGCUAUGGAGUGGAGAGGGGCCUUUCUGUUCGGCCACGGUUCAGUCGCAGUCUUUCUCUGGAUAGCAAAGACAUGGUGCUGAGUGUGUGGGCUAUCCAGCCACCUCUCACAAGUGCAGCUGAAGAGCUCCCACGUGGCUGCACUAGAUCGGGGACCAGGGACCUGUUAGAAACACUGCCAACCUCACCACCCAGGCCAAGCCACAUCGAGCGAGCCGAGACCUGUCUGAGUCCUCGAGAGGACUCUUUAGAGCCUGAGGGAUCAAGUGAUGCCCUGAGCAGUGAGGCAGAGCCUGCAGCAGGGAGGCUGCUAGCCAGGCAUGAGGAACUGCGCUCUGCCUCUCUUUCAGAGCCAGGGGAGAAGGUAGUGGAUGGCAGCAAAGAAAACCCUCAGGACUUAACGCCCAAGUUGCCUUUUCCACACUGUAAUACCCAAGAUGGUUUCUUGCAGGCAAAGAAAAUAGAUGAAGAUCCAUCCAGGCCUCAGGAUGCUGCCCCCAUUGGAGCGGCUGUCACCAAAGGGCUGUGUUCCACCGGCGAGUCACAGCUGAGUAACAACAAAGGCGAAGACGCACCCUGUAAAGUGAGAACCAGGCCAUCGUCUCUCAACUUGGAUUCACUCCUCCCUGCCCCCGAUUUCUUCAAGUUUGACAACCUGGCGGUGCCCACUUCACCUGGAAACCUCUUAUGUGUGCAGAAGGAAGGGAAGAGCAGCGAUUCUGUCCUGUCACUGCCUGCUGCCUGCCCUGCCAGGAACAAAGGCGACCCCUGGGGAUCUCGCUUCGAUCCCCGGGAGCUAGACCUGGAUUACAUGGCAGUGGCCCACGCCGCCACCGGCCGUCGUAACUCUGCCCCUGUGAGUGUGUCGGCGGUGAGGACCUCCUUCAUGAUUAAGAUGUGCCAGGCCAGAGCUGUGCCAGUGAUACCGCCCAAAAUCCAGUACACACAGGUCCCACAGCCGCUGCAGACUCAGAACGCCGACCGGGACAUCCCUGCAUCGCUGGGGAGGAAGGAAACAGAAGCUCACUCAGCCAGCAGGCAGACCCCCCGAGCAGCUUGGGGACAGCUGGAGCCCCCAAAGAGCCCUCGGGUAGAGAAGAAAGCCAAAGAGGAGAAAGAAAACAGUGACCCAACUCAAAUGGAUUCAACUUCUUCUAGGCAUGGCAGCCUCAACCCUCUGCCAGAUCUCUCCCUCUCCAGUCAUAAUUCCACCCAGGAGGCGCCCGUGCUGCGCCGAAAGCACACUUCAGAGAGGGAGACCGCAGGAGACAACCCACAAUCUUCAAAAAUGGAGAGGCCAUCGGGAUUUUCCAAGCCUUCCUACAGAUCCAGACCAGGAAGGCCCCAGAGCCUUAUCCUCUUCAGCCCACCCUUCCCCAUCAUGGACCAUCCAUCUUCCUCAGCAGACUCCAGGGUGUUGUUAUCACCCAUAAGAAGCCCCUCUCAGAGCAACUCUCCAAACCCUAUUUGUGGCGAUCUGUCUGGGAACCUGCAGACAACACCUGAGGGGGUCACUCUGCGGAACAAAAUGACCAUCCCCAAAAAUGGGCAGAGACUGGAGACCUCCACCAGCUGCUUUUACCAGCCCCAGAGGAGGUCAGUGAUUCUCGAUGGGAGAAGCGGGAGGCAGAUAGAAUAACGCCAGCUCACCUCACCCCUCUUCCCUGGUGGAUGAGAUGGGAGUGCCCACCUUGAGACCAACUGUGUUGUUGUUGUUGUUGUUAUGAUUAUAAAUAUUCUAUGCAAAAGGGACACAAAUCCUUUAUUUCCUCGUGCAGAGCAUUUUGCUACUGAGGUUCUCAUUCUCUUUGUCUCCCUCUCUCCUUUUCGGGAAACCCCACAGUAUCUGCUCUAUGGAAAAAAAUUCCUAAGGAAGUUUGUUUUCUUCUGUGUCACCCUCUGUCUGAAAAAAACAUGGCAUGGUCCAAUGGACAUGUAUGUGAAGGAGGUAAGACCAGAGGGUACAUUUUUCUCCCUUGCACCCCCAGGCGAUGAUGCAGGACCAUCUGUCCAGCCAUCCCCGCUGUACUGCUCUGGAUAGCAUAAGCAAACUGCAGAGGAGAAUGGUGAUAGCUGAAGGUGAGAAGGUAAAGCUGACCUGUAAAGAUCACACUGAGUGCGUUAACCUAAAGAGCUUUCAAAGCAAACACUCUGUCUUGAAGACAUUGCCUACAGCUGUUCUCUUGUAACACAGAAUGCAGAAUGUGCAAUGUCUGCAAUGAAGGUAGCUGAACAACAUAAGCCCAGCUUCCCUUUCAACUUAGUGAUUCCCACUUGCCUGGCUGUCUUGCAGUCAGUCCCUCCUUAUUUGUUGGGGGUUGGCUUGUACCUGGUGCUCUGGUUCCAAGGUGGUAGAGAUCACUCUGGCUUAAUUUAGUGAAAAGAAGGUUCUGGCCAAACAAAGACCAAGAGUGUCAGUUUUCAAUUAAGCCUAGGGCUGAAUUACCUGGCCACAGAGUUCCCCAGUCGCUCUUCGCACCUGCAGCUGCACAGUGGGAUCCGAGCAGCUAGACAAGAUCAUGAGAAUCCUCUGAUCAGCACAUCCUUGGCCAAUGCCCUCUCCCCUCCUGGUUUGCAUGUUCCCAGCCACUGGCCUCUGGCACUUCAGAUUCCUGAGAUUUGAGGCCAGCUCACUGAAUGCCUGGCUGAAUUUUACCUUCCCGGCCGUUGGUGCUUUCAAAUUGAUUAGGAGGAACAUGCUAGAGAGGAUGAUUUGUUGGUGCACACGAAUGGAGGAGCAACAUGCAUGUUAUGGGAGGGAAUUCAGCUGGAAUUAAACUGUAUCCCGAGGGUCUGUUAUCAUUACUGUCAAUAUGUGGUCAUACAGGAACAGCUGCCAUAGGAAUGGAAUUAAGGCUUCUGCUACAAAGUCUUUGACUUAGGGUUAAUUGCAGGCUCAUCUGUCAGCUGGUGUGUGACCAGGGGCAGCUCCAGGCACCAGCGCUCCAAGCACAUGCCUGAGGUGGCAAGCCAUGGGGGGCAGCCUGCUGGUCACCGUGAGGGCGGCAGUCAGACAGCCUUCGGUGGCAUGCCUGGGGAGGUCCGCCGGUCCUGCGGUUUCGGCGGCAAUUCGGCGGUGGGUAUACCAAAGGCACAGGACCGUGGGACCUCCCGCAGGCAUGCCGCCGAAUCUGCGUUACCAGCAGAUCUCCUGCAGGUGCGCCGCCAAAGGCUGCCUGACUGCCAUGCUUGGGGUGGCAAAAUACAUAGAGCCGCCCCUGUGUGUAUCCAGAGGCAAGUGCAUGGCUUUGUAUUAUCCUCAGUGUCUCCACAGUUCAGAUGCCGCCAGUGACCUUGAAGUAGAGAGAGACACCAGUACUGAUACAAUCCUAGUAAUGGUAGUAAUGGUGUCCAUAAGGGCCAUUCUUAGCCAGUCUUAGAGCUCAUAGUCCUUCUGUGAGCUAGCUUGGGCUGUGGUAGGAAUAGUAACUGAGCAGCUGCAAGGGCAGGCCUAUGACUCCCAUAGCCAAUGACAAUCAGGAGAUGCUCCCAUCCAAAGUUAUAAAUUAAUUAACAUCUGUUAGUUAUCUGUGUUUAGAUCUUUAUUUGAAGGCACCUGCAUUCUCAGUGUCUCAGGUGAAGUGUCUGCUGGUCUGCAAACCCAGCCAAUGGGGCCAUUCGGUCUGGGUGGAGAGUAAACUGCCAUGUCAUUGGUCUGGUUGGGACUAGAGGUGUAUAGGCUCCAAGAACCAGGGAUGAUUCCCCACCACCUGGCAUCCAAUUUUGUUAUUUAUUCCUGUGCAAAGCGAGGACAAAUUACUGAAUCAGAAUGCUGUGCCCUUUGACACCAUCUUACCAUUUGACCCCUGCUUUGCCCGGAUGUAAAAGACCACACAAGAGGCAAGGUGGUGGAGAAUUAAACCCAUGCGGGUUCAUAAACUCAGAUGGGAUAGUAGUCUGGAAAGAACCUAGAAUCCCCACCCAGAUUCAUGCUUUCCCAUAAACUUCAGCAGAGGGUUUACCUGAGUAAGCACUGUGGGAGCUGGGCCUGAGCAUGCAGCCCAAAGCAGUGAUCUCCUCCUGGCUCCUGCCUACGCAAAACCCUCCGCAGCUCCCAACUAAACGAGGGCAUAGCUAGUUCUCCAGCUUUCAUUGAAUGUGAUACAGCAUGAAGCUGCAGUUCCACAUAUGCCAAGAGCCCUUGUGUAGCUCCUCUCCGGUGGAGGUAACCAUCACCGCAGAGUUAACAGGAAAUGAUGGAAGUAGGUUAGCUGCAAUAUUUAGGGGUUCAUUACACAAUUCUGCAAAAGGUAAUGUGACUGGAAAGGAUUCCCAGGUUUUUCAGUUUCAGGGAAUUAUUUUGGGUCGUGACUUACACCUUUCCCCCGACCUUGUAGGAACCCAACCAUUGCGGCAUUGUGCUAGUGACUGGGAACUGGAAGGUGAAAGUAGAAAUAGACUAGGCUAGAUUCACAAAGUGUACUGUCCAAAAAAACAACAACAACAGCAGAAUGAAAAUCUGACUCCUUAAAUUCUUUCAUUUAAUGAAACCUGUUACUGAAACGGAGGCAAAGUCACUCUAUAGAAAUAUAGAAUUUUAAUCUUGACAGUGCCCCUUCAAGAAAUAAGGCUGUAGGGUUAAGUGGGAAAACCCUUCAAGGGAAGAUCACUUUAUUCGGAAAUGCUACCUAACACACUAUUAAAGCCUGGACCCAAACACCACAUCCUUUGAGGGUCUUCAAAAUUUGAGCCUGCUCCCAGAUCUGGAUUUUAUAAAUGAGCAUUCUCUUGAUAGUGGGUAAAACCUUGGACGUGAACAUCUCCAAAUCUUGUGGUGUCUGAAAUCUGAUCCAAAUUUUGCAGCUUGAUCCCAUUUCUAGUUGAAAACUAACUGGCUUCAGCUGGUGCAUAAAGUACUAAGGGAGGCCCCAGAGACAGACAGCUCUUGUGGCAAGCUAGGGAAGGUCUAGCAGAAACAGUCCUGUGCUUAUAGAAUCAUAAGACUGUAGGACUGGAAGGGACCUCAAGAGAUCAUCUAGUCCAGCCCCUUGCAUUCAUGGCAGGGCUAAGUAUUAUCUAGACCAUCCCUGACAGGUGUUUGUCUUACUUGCUCUUAAAUAUCUCCAAUGAUGGAGAUUCCACAACCUCCCUAGGCAAUUUAUUACAGUGCUUAACUUCCCUGACAGGAAAUUUUUUUGCUGAUGUCCAACCUAAACCUUCCAUCGCUUCUUGUCUUAUCUUCAGAGGUUAAUGAGAACAAUUUAGCUCUCUACCCCUUGUUACAAUAGUUUAUGUCCUUGAAAACUGUUAUUGUGUGCUCUCUCAGUCUUUUGUUCUCCAGCCUAACAAACCCAUAUUUUUCAAUCUUCCUUCAUAGGUUAUGUUUUCUAGACUUUUAAUCAUUUUUGUUGUUCUUCUCUGGACUUUCUCUAAUUUGUCCACAUCUUUUCUGAAAUGUGUUGCCCAGAACUGGACACAAUAUUCCAGCUGAGGCCAUAUCAGUGCAGAGUAGAGUAGAAGAAUUAUUUCUCGUGUCUUGCUUACAACAUUCGCGUUAACACAUCCCAGAAUGAUGUUCUCUUUUUUUGCAACAGUGUUACACUCUUGACUCCUCAUAUUUAGCUUGUGAUCCACUAUGACCCCCAGAUCUCUUUCCUCAGUACUCCUUCCUAGGUAGUCAUUUUCCAUUUUGAAUGUGUGCAACUGAUUGUUCCUUCCUAAGUGGAAUACUUUGCAUUUGUCCUUAUUGAAUUUCAUCCUAUUUACUUCAGACCAUUUCUCCAGUUUGUCCAGAUCAUUUUGAAUUUUAAUCCUAUCCUCCAGAGCACUUGCAACUCCUCCCAACUUGAUCUCUAUGCCAUUAUCUAAAUAAUUGAUGACAAUAUUGAAGAGAACCAGACCCAGAACUGAUCCCUGUGGGACCCCACUCAUUAUGUCCUUCCAGUUUGACUAUGAACCACUGAUAACUACUCUCUGGGAAUGGUUUUCCAACCAGUUAUUCACCCACCUUAUAGCAGCUCCAUCUAGGUUGCAUUUCCCUAGUUUGUUUAUGAGAAGGUCUUGUGAGACAGUAUCAAAAGCCAUACUAAAGUCCAGAUAUACCACGUCUACUGCUUCCCCCCCAUCCACAAGGCUUGUUACCCUGUCAAAGAAAGCUAUCAGAUUGGUUCGACACGAUUUCUUCUUGACAAGUCCAUGCUGACUGUUGCUUAUCACCUUAUUAUCUUGUAGGUGUUUGCAAAUUGCUCAAUUAUUUGCUCCAGAGAGCAAUUAGAGAUGGACCAGUGCCACAAAGUUUGGAUCAGGAAAUCAAAUUCUGCAGAGUUGGGAGGAUUUAGAUUAAAUGGUCCACGUCAGCUGAUUGUAGAGCUAGGCCCAAGUCACCAAGUUCAGCUCUGGGGACAAACUUUCCCUGAAUUCAUGGGGCUUGGAACUGGGAAUCAGUUUCAGACCUGUUGCCACUAGACUAGAGAAAAGGUCUGAGCUAUGCUGUAGGGUCAUGGUGCAGUUGGUAGAACCGUGUGUACAGUAGAUAACUGCACCAUUGCAACUUGCACCAGUGCAACUGAACCAGGGCAAGUUGUAAUAGUGUAGCACAUUCACAUUAGCCAGCCCAUUUUUGGGUGCACUUCUGCCCCAUGUCCAUGUGCAGCAUACCCUCCACCUAUUGGAGUAGCAUUGAUGGGAAACAGGUCCGUCCCACAAUUUAGAGUUUUCCUAAGUGUAGGGGAGGUGCCUGUUGCCUGGUUUUAUUAGCAUGGAAACACUUUCCCUAACUAGAUCACAAGGCUGCAGUUCCCCCCAUCCUGUGAAAAGUGUGAGGGCCUCUCGUUUAGGGUUUGUAGGUGGGCUGUUAUGCCCUCAGGCCUAAUCCUGACAUUGUCCAUCACACUUCUGUUGGUUUAUAAGGUCUAGAAGAUGGGACAAGGAAUACCCAGAUGGGUCACUUCCCGUUCUAUAGAGUACAAGGAGGGGAUGCAUGCAGCUCCCAUUAAUUGCAGGGUGUUGGUGGGUAUGGGAGUGGUGUUGGAUGGUGGGGAGAGGGAUCACCUGUAUCAAGGGGAGGUGGGGGUGGGGUUCACCUAGCUGGAUAAGUGGUAUGGUGUGCGGGUCACCUGGCUGAAAGGGAGGGGUGCUGGAUGUAGGGACCACCCGGCUGGAUGGGAGAGGUGUUGGGUGGGUGGGAGUCACCUGGCUGAAAGGGAGGAGCUUUGGUGGCUUGUGUGAUGAGGGAUGGGCGGGGGGAGUCACCUGGUUCCGUGGCAGGGACAUUGAUAAGUGUGGGACUGGCUGGUGCACUCAUGUCCUUGGGGACAAACAGGAAGUAGGACUGUACAGUACAUUGUAAACGAUAUUAACUUAGACUGUCCAUCCCAUUUGCUCAUUUUACGAAGGGUGAGGCACUUCUUUGAUGCAGCCUUUCAGCACGUUAGGGCUCUGGAGGAGGUUAGGUCUGCAGCAGACACCAGCAGCAAAGCCUGCAACUGUUUCCACCAGCCAGAGUCCAAAAAGUGCAAUCAAAAUCCUUUUAUCUUUUCUUUCUUUAGAUUGUAAAAUGCCUGUACUGAUGAAUACUGUGUUAAAUUUAUAUAUAUAUAUAUAUAUAUAAAAGAACAUUAUAUAUAAAGAUAUUAAAAUGUAAUUAAAAAUGAAGGAAUUGUCUAAACAGGUCCAUCACAUCUGUGAAACUUGGGCUGAUGUACAGAUAUUGUUUUCCGUUAAAAUUUCUUUACCGCUGAGAGUGUGAGGUGGAACAAGUUUUAACUAGCACAGGAAGGUGAAGCUAGAAUCUUAGAUCUGAUUAUUGUCAGUCGUGGAUCGACGGUAGAUCUUACCGCCAUUGAAGUCAAUGGUAAAACUCCCACUGAAAUCAACGGGAGCGGAACUGGGUCCUAGAAGAGGAUGGAAUAGAUUGGUGAGUCCCAAAAUACUAUGACAGAUUUCUCCCUUAAAUGUCCAAUGGAGUUUCAACUCCACAUUUUCCCUGGGACUCCCUGAUUUUUAGAUCUCUGCCAUCUUUCCUCUCACAGAUAAAUAUACAUGGGUUGGUGAGAUCCUAUGGUUGAUCCAAACCCUGUUUAGUCUUAACCUGAUCCUGAGUAACAGCCUGCUCCUGCUACUAGUGUAAUGCAUGGAAAGCUUACCAUUGACUUCAAUGGGAGCUGGACUGAGCCUGGAAAGAGAGGGCAAUCAGUAGCCAAGUCCUGUUUAGGGCCCAGUGGUAAGUGCAGACACCAAAAAAGCUUGCAGCUCACUCCUGCAUCCAUUGGUCCCCUUCAAAACACUGACUUGAUGCAAGUCAGGGGGAAGGGUUGGAAAUCAGAUAUCGGGUGAAGAGGACUGGCUUCUGGGCUAUUGAUUAUUUCUUCUGCUACUCCUGAUGGAUCGCAUUUUUGUUAAGCAUUAUUGUCCAGGUGGGUUGCCUGCCUUUGUGCCUUUUAUUGCUUUAAGAAAUUAAGUUUUGCCAGAUCUCAACCAUGAGAUUAAACUGGAGUUUUUAUAAAACA